CCGGAGCGGAAGGACCAUUCUGCAUAGAGCAAGCAAGAUGAAUACUGCAGUUUGUGCCACAUCGCUGCCCGAAGAACAAUUUCAUGUAGUUGUCUCAGGGGAAAGUGUUAAGUUUCUGAACAGCCUAACCCAAACUGAAAUCUGUCAAGAAGGAAAACCAGAUUCUACAAAUUCAGCUGAUCAGGGUACCGGUGCUGCUACAUUGGAACUGAAACUAUUCAGUAGCACCUCUGAAAAGAGUAUUUUCCAAGAUGUUGCUAUAGGAUAUUCUUCAUUUCAGGAGUCACCUUGUGAGACGAGUAAUAAGUUGCCCAUGUUUCCAGGAGAUUUUGUGCAACGUGAAGAUUUUAAAUGCUCCCGUUGCGAAAAGACCUUCAAAGAGUUAUAUUUAUUCACUGCUCAUCAACGCUUCCACAAGAAUGAGGAUGCAUUGAAAUGUAAGGUGUGUGACAAAGUGUUCAUGCAUAUGUCGAGUCUCCUGAAGCAUCACCGUAUUCACACCGGUGAGAGGCCAUUCAAGUGCGAGGUGUGUGGAAAGGCCUUCUCAGUUUCAUCAAGCCUGUUGCAGCAUCAACGUAUCCAUACAGGUGAGAAGCCCUUUCAGUGUGAUGUCUGUCUGAAGCGCUUUACUGAAUCGUCUUCGCUUAAAACACAUCAACAUAUCCACACGGGUGAGAAGCCAUUCAAAUGCUCUGAGUGUGGGAAGGGUUACAGCAGGUCAUCACAGCUGCUCAUCCAUCAGCUCACGCAUACAGAUGAGAAGCCUUACCAAUGUACUAUUUGUCUGAAAGGUUUCAUCCAGUUCACCCACCUCACCAAUCACCAGCGGGUUCACACUGGUGAGAAGCCAUUCCAAUGCAACCUCUGUCAGAAGCGUUUUGUCUCCUCCUCCUCACUUGCAUCACACCAGUACAUUCACACUGGUAAAAAGCCAUUCAAGUGUGAGAUGUGCGAUAAGACCUUUACGCAAUCAUCAAACCUCCUGAAACACCGACGCAUCCAUACUGGUGAGAAACCAUUCAAAUGUGAGGUAUGUGAGAAAACCUUCACCGUGUCCUCAAGUCUUCUGAAGCACCACCGUAUCCACACUGGUGAAAAACCUUUUAAGUGUGACGUUUGCUCAAAAUGCUUCAUUGAUUCCUCUUCUCUGACACGGCACCAGCGCAUCCACACAGGAGUGAAACCAUUCAAAUGUGAAGUGUGUGGCAAGGUAUUCACAGUGUCAUCAAGCCUCUUGAAACAUCAGCAUAUGCACAAAAGGUAGAAGACCUUCUGCUCUGACACCUGCCAGAAAUACUACAUUAUCUCCUUUUUGGAUGCAGUAGUAUAUCAAUAUAGGAUGGAAUCUAUACAGCUGUUUCAUAUUUAGGAAGGGUUUAAGCACAUCAUACACAUUAGCAUUCAUUCACAUGUGACUAUCUCCAGUUUUUCAUUGCCAUAGAUUGGCAUCACUAUGACAGAAAAGUUGCAGGAUCAGUAGAUGAAGUUUCUACUCACAUACAUUAGUAAUGUCAAUGCAAUUUGGACAGGGAGGGGGGCAAUCAGCAGAACCAGUGCAGAAUGUUGGGCAAUUUCUAAAAACUGAAUUAUACCCAAAUCUGCUUAAGUUUGUGUUUCCCGUACUAUUUUAUGUUAAUUCCGAACUCCAUUAGCUAGAAUCUGGUCCUGUCGGCAAAACCCUCAGUGGAAGUUGCAAGAUCUCACAAAUUGCUUUUGUUCAGGAAAACUCUUAAAAGUUGUACUAAUUUUCUUAGAUCACAGCAAUAGUGGGCAUGUUUUAAAUUGCUUCCUUUGUUAGUCAUUUUCAAUGGUUUUAAUUAAAAUAACAUAGAGGUAGAGACUGAUUAAAAAUGCUUAUUUUUGCUGAUUAAAGAUUUUCAGCUGUGUAUUUUAGAAAGAAAACUGCGUCAAAGAAUAUUUUUUACCAAAAAGGAGAAAAAGAAGCCAAUUUUAAUUCUUGUAUGACUCAUGGGCAUCAUCGACAAGACUGGCAAGUGUUGUCCAUCCCUAGUUGUCCUUGAUUGGUUUUCUAGGCCAUUUCAAAGGGCAAUUAAGACUUAACCACAAUACUGGAGGCCUGUAGUGACACAUAGAAGCCAGAUCAGGUAACAAUGUCAGAUUUCUGUCCCUAACAUAUGCAAGAGAUUUGGGUGGUUUUUACAACGGUGUUUGCAUUGUUGUCAUUAGAGUAACUCUUAAUUCCAGAAUUUAUUGAAUUCAAAUUUUUCCAGCUGCCAUGGUGGGAUCUGAACCUUUGUCCUCAGAACAUGAGCCUAUGUUACUGGACUGCUGGUCUAGUGACACUACCAGUCCACUAGGUAAUUACUACCUAUCUGCCCUAGUUUCCUGCCAGACUGUACUGGUUUAUAGAAAAUGUAACACUUUUUUUUGAUCAUGCAAUUGAAUUUGAGCAGACAUUGAACUAUAAUCAAAUCAGUGCAAUUUCCAUAUAGUCCUUCUGCCUUUAUAUCACAGCCUUCAAUCAAUCACUCAUUUCAUAAUUGAUAAAGGUUUGGAAGCUUACAAGAAAUUCAGAAUCACUUUUAAAAAAAAGAGUUGUUUUUGUAAAGCUCCUUUCAUGAUCUUGGGAUCUUUCAAAAUACUUAAGUGCAGUUACUACUAUAAUAUAAGAAACAGGGCAGCCACCUUCCAAGCAAUAAGCGUGAAAUAAAUUACAAGGCUGUCUGUUUUAAGUUUGACUGCAAAGUUGAAGCCCAUAGAAUGAAAGAGUGACAAUGUGAAUACGUAGGUAUCUGAGUAUCAGGAAAUAGAGUAAUGGUGUGUGGUUUUGUUUUUAGAAACCCAAAACAAAGCAUCAUUACAUGGACCACAGAUUCUCUUGGCGCAUAUUAAAGGUGUAUACUUGGGUGUGCAGGGUACAGUUUGAAAAUUUGCAGAUGACACAAAGCUUGAAAGUAUUGUGAAUGGUGAAGAGAGGACAUAGACUGGUGGAAGGGACAGAAAGUUGGCAAAUGACAUUUCUGGGAGAGGAAUAUAAAAUAAUCUUUGAUGGGAAGAAUGAGGAGAGACAACAUAAAAUUAAAAGUUAUAACACUAAAAGAAGUAAAGGAAUUGGUCGUAGAUGUGGAAAUCCUGAAAUGUAAGUGCAGGUUAAGAAACUGGUUAAUAAUGCAUUUAAGAUCCAGGAUUUCUCAAUAAGUGUCAGUAAAGUUGUGGUUCACUGGAUAGCAGUGUUGUCUCUUAGCCAAAAGAUUUGCAAUUCAGUUCAAGUCUCAUUCCAGAAACUUCAACAUAAAAAUCAAGGCAAACACUGCCAGUGUAUAAUUCAGGAAUUGCUGCAAUGUCAGAAGUGUUCUCAGUCAAAUAAAAUGUUAAACUGAUGCCCUGUCUGAGGUCUCUGGGGGAGGUAAAAUAAGUGAUCAAUAGGUCUUGUGCAGCAGUAAUGUUCCUACCUCUGUAGGAGAAAGUCAAAGUUCAAAUCUCACCUGUCGCAGAGGUGUGUCUAACUGCGUUAGUGUGUGAAAACAAGAAAGUUUUAGUGAAACCUUGCAAAACACUAGUUCAGUCUCACUUGAUGUGUUGUAUGCAAUUGUGCCAUGACACUUUAAGAAAGAUGUGAAAGAUAUCAUCAGUAUACAGAAAAUUUAUUUACAAGUAUGGUUCCAGGCUUGAGAAACAUCUGUCACAUAGAUGGAUUAGAGAAGCUGCUUUCCUAGGGAGCAGAGAUGAUUGAGAGUUAUGCUAGACAUAUUCAAAAUCAUGAGAUGUCUGCGUAGAGUAGAAUAGGAGAAUCACUUCCUGUUGGUGAAAGGUUCAAGAACCAGAAGAUUUGGUUUUAGCGUAAAUGGCAAAAAGAACCGAAUGCAACAUGGCAAUAGACCUUUUAGGCUGUGAGGUGUUAGGAUCUGGAAUGCCCGGCCUAAGAGUGGGAUGGAAGCAGAUAAAAUUCUGGCUUUCAAAAGUGAAUUAUAUCAUUAUCUAAGGAAAGAGGGGAAAAAAAAUACUUGCAGGGCUACAGGGAAAAGACAGAUAAGUUAGUAAUGAAUGAAUUUCUCUGGCAGCAAGAAGACUUGAGACAAUGGACCUUCUGUGCGAUAACCAUUUAUGUUUCCAGGUGUUAGCUGAGAUAGAAAAAUUACAAUCACUGCUGCUUAACUUGGGAACUUCGUCUCCUUUCGUGAUCAGGCCCGAGUUCUUAUUUAAAGCUAUGGUAUGUGAACACAAGCAUUUCAAAUGGCACAGUUAUGACUGAUCCUUCACAAUUUGUCAAUCAGUGGCACCUCUGUUUAAUUAUGGAAUCUACAAAAGAAAAUUUUGCUAUUCCGUGAUUUAUUCAGAAUGUUUCAGCAAAACAUGCAUCACUGACGAUCUUGCUGACACCUUUAAAAUAACUCAAAUAUAUAGGAAGAGAUGGAAAUAAUUUAAGUAUUAUGUAGAAGAUCAAAUAGCAACACAAGCACUCCGAAGUCUGCUGUGUUACUGAUGCAUGUCUGGUUCCUGCUGCAGUUGCUUGUUAGAAGCAGGAAUUGGAUUUCUAAAUUCUGACUGCAUUAAAACAAGUGUGAAGAACCAUUGCUUAAUUACAGUAGCUUUCUUUUGUUAUGUCCAGUGAACAUCGUGUUUGUCUUUGUUGCUGAUCAAUUUUUAAAUGUAACAGAUAAUUAAAGGGACUAAACACAACUAUUAAAAUAAUGCUUUACUGAUGUGAUUUUUC